AUCAUAACUCGAAUAUGGUCGUUUAUCUUCUAUAAAGCGUGACGUCACGUGUGGGAUUAAGAUCAGAUGUGGUAUAUAAUGGGUCAGUAAGCUCAGAGCAUCACAGUUCAAGUCGCGUCUUCCUUUGAUCGUUCACUUCCAUCCAAAAAUGAAGCUGAUCCAGGAGUCAAUCCCACCCGUCGGUAACAGUCAGCAGUUCAUCCUUGCCGCCCUCAUCGCCGUCAGCUCCGCGGCUCGAUUGGAGCAUCUGGAGCAGCAGCGGGGACUUAAAGAAUAUCUUCCUCCAGUUCAGUCUGGGCAGGGGCAGUUUGGUCAACAGGGAUUUGGUCAGAGCAGUUUUGGCGGCCAUGGAUCUAACGACUUCGCUUCUCAGGGAUCGAACAGUCUUGGCACUGGGGACUCUGCUGGCUUCGGAUCUGCUCCUCAAGGAUUGAGGGCUGGCGCUGCUGGUGCCCGUGGCUUCUCUUCGUUUGAUGCUGCUCGCUCCAACCAGUACCUGCCUCCUGAUCACGGUCCUUCUGGCAGCCAUGGUGCUCAAGGCCAAGAUGCUUUCGGAGCCUCCAGCAGCCAGUUCGGUUCCCAGUCGCAGUUCGGCCAGAACAACAAGUUUGGCGCCCAGGGCUCCAGCAGCUUCGGAUCUCAAGGUUCUCACGGCUUUGGCUCUCAUGGAUCCCAAGGCCCCCAUGGUGCCCAUGGAUCUCAGAGCUCCAAUGGCUUUGGCACUCAAGGCUCCAGCUUCGGCUCCCAAGGCUUUGGAUCCCAAGGCUCCAACAGCUUCGGAUCCCAAGGCUCCAGCUUUGGAUCCCAGGGUGCUCGUGGCCAACAGAACCUCCGCCAAUACCUUGCACCCAAGACCUCUCACGACAACAUCCCUCAGCAGCCUUUCGACCCGGAGUCCGGCUACAUCUACUAAAUUUUGUGUAACUUUGGUCAUUGUCUAAGUCAGGAUUCUUGUCUGUAAUUAAUUCACUAUAUUAGUCAAACAUUGUGUUCUAAUAAUGCUCAUUGUAUAAAUAUUCAAGAUCAAUAAAGUAUUGUAAAGAA